AUGGGGGAAGAGGAAGAUAGAAUGGCACCCAGGCCUUCAACAUCGACUUCACAGCCAGUUUACACGCAUCAAAAUGAUGGCUUAGGAUGUCCAAACUUAGACCAUCAUCCUCACCAUAUGUCCUACCCUCUGGCGAGUAAUCUGGAGGAUUUUAUUAGAGUUGACGAUUCAUUCCGAUACCAGUCCUCGAGUAAUCCAGAGUACUUGAGGCAAGAAAUGCCCCCCACGUCAGUUACACCAAAUAGUGAUGAAUUUAAAGAAAAUGUUGGAAGUUGUCAUGAUGCUGAUGAAAUGUUCUUUGACAUAAAUGAAGAUUUGGAGGGUACCACUGUUGUCCGGGAUGAUGAGAGGACUAAAAGAGAUGAUGAUGGGAAGCCGGUGUAUCUGACCAUUGGUUGUGCCCGUGUUGGAAAGUACCAUCCUAAGCCAAAUAGUAAUAUCUCGAAGCCACGGGCAACCACCAAAACAGGUUGUAAGGCGAAGGUAAAUGCAGCGCUGAACAAAAAUGGAAAAUGGGUUUUCACCACUACUAAGAAUUCUCACAACCAUAUUACUGUGAGCCCCAAGAAAAGUAGACUAUUGCGAUCCCACAAACACCUAGAUCAAUACAGUCAAAGGAUCUUGGAGCUGAAUGAUAGAGCCGGUAUACGAAUGAGUAAGAACUUUUAUUCUCUUGUUGUUGACGCGGGGGGUUAUGAGAAUCUAGCUUUUCAAGAGCAAGAUUGUAGGAAUUACAUUGACAAAGCUAGAUAUUUAAGGUUGGGCAAAGGAGGUAGUGAUGCACUGAAUGAGUAUUUCAAGAGAAUGAGAGAUCAGAAUGAUGGCUUCAUUUCUAAUAUGUGGAUGAUGAGGGAAGGCUACGGAAUGUGUUUUGGGAAGGCUACGUAUCUAACAAAUAGGUAUGGUAUGCCUUUUGCUCCAUUCGUGGGUGUUAACCAUCAUGGGCAGUCCAUACUAUUAAGGGCUGGAUUGCUAUCAAGCGAGGACACACAUAGUUUUGUUUGGUUGUUCCAGAUGUGGUUGGAUUGCAUGAAGGGUAGGGCGCCAAAGUCUAUCAUAACCAACCAAGAUAGAGCAAUGAAGAAUGCGAUUGCUACUAUCACCAUAGAAUUUGAGGAGAGCUGGGGUGGACUACUUGAAAAGUAUGAUCUUAUCGGCAACAAUUGGCUUCAGUCCUUAUAUGAGGAAAGGUCCUUUUGGGUUCCUGUUUUCCUCAAGAGUGUAUUUUGGGUUGGUAUGAGCACAACGCAAAGGUCUAAAAGUAUGAAUGCAUUUUUUGAUGGGUAUGUCCAUGCUGGGACGACAUUGAAGGAAUUCGUCGACCAAUUCGAUAAUGCUCUUAGAAAGAAAGUGGAGGUCGAGACAACGGCUGAUUUCAAUUCUACCAACCAAACUAUCCCCUGCUUCUCCCCUUUCAACAUUGAGAAGCAGUUUCAAAAAGUCUAUACAAAUGCAAAGUUUAAGGAGGUCCAAAGAGAGUUUAUGGGACUAAUGGGUUGUAAUUGUUGGUUGGUUAGCACACAGGGGUGCAUUUUAACAUUUGAUGUGUUGGAUGAAAUAUCAUUUGAUGAGCAAAUCAAAAGAGUUCAUUACUCAGUUUACUAUAACAAAGAUGAGUGCGAGGUGAAAUGCACUUGUGGUUGGUUUGAGAUGAGGGGGAUUAUUUGUAGGCAUGCACUUAGAGUUUGUCAGUUGAAGAACAUUAAUGUGCUGCCGAAAGUUUAUUUCCUAGAUCGAUGGAGAAAGGACUUAAAGAGGCAUUACACAUUAAUCAGAAGUAGUUAUGAUGACGUGCGGGGUAGAUCAGACACGCGUAAUCACGAACUUAUGAUCCAAAGAUGUUCGAAAUUAGCCGCCAAAAUAUCCUCAAACAAUGAUAAAGUCCAUGCAUUCCUGCACUAUGUUGAUGACUUUGAUAAAUCAUGUGAAGGUUCCACAUGUCAGUCGACUAUCCAAUCAAAGAUGACCAACCCAACGGUGGUAUUGGAUAAGGGUAAAAAGAUUUUAAGCUCUAACGUCGUUCGAGGGAAAGGGAGACCUCCAAAUAAGAGGAAGAUCCCACUUGUGGAGAAAUUGGCAACAAAGCGAAAAAAAACAGGAAACUGUUGGUGGAUGAAAGUGAACAGGGUGAGAGCCCAAGAUCACAACCCAAUCCAAGUUGAAUUUGGUGGAGGGCUCAGCUAA